CUCCUUUUCUGAAACCAGCACUGUGCCUACUAUUAGCUCCUUAUCAGAAACCAGCACUAUGCCAACUACCAGCUCCUUAUCUGAAACCAGCACUGUGCCAACUUCCAGCUCCUUUUCUGAAACCAGCACUGUGCCAACUACUAGUUCCUUAUCAGAAACCAGCACUAUGCCAACUACCAGCUCACUGUUAGAAACCAGCACUUUGCUAAUUACAAGCUCCAUCUCAGAAACCAGCACUGUGCCAACUACAGUCUCACCAUCUAAAACCAGCACUGUACCAUCUACCAGCUCUGUUUCAGAAACCAGCACUAUGCCAACUACCAGCUCACUGUCAGAAACCAGCACUGUGCCAACUACCAGCUCCGUAUCAGAAACCAGCACUAUGCCAACUACUAACUCACUGUCAGAAACCAGCACUGUGCAAACUACCAGCUCCCUAUCUAAAACCAGCACUGUUCCAACUACCAGCACCUUAUCUGAAACCAGCACUAUGCAAAAUACCAGCUCCCUAUCUAAAACCAGCACUGUGCCAACUACCAGCUCCUUAUCUGAAACCAGCACUGUGCCAACUUCCAGCUCCUUUUCUGAAACCAGCACGGUGCCAACUACUAGCUCCUUAUCUGAAACCAGCACUAUGCCAACUACUGGCUCCUUAUCUGAAACCAUCACUUUGCCAACUACAAUCUCACCGUCGGAAUCCAGCACUGUGCCAUCUACCAGCUCCGCAUCAGAAACCAGCACUGUGCCAACUACCAGCUCCUUAUCUGAAACCAGCAUUGUGCCAAAUACCAGCUCUGUAUCAGAAACCAGCACUAUGUCAACUACCAGCUCACUGUCAGAAACCAGCACUGUGCCAACUACCAGCUCCUUAUCUGAAACCAGCGCUGUGCCAACUACCAGCUCCUUAUCUGAAACCAGCACUAUGCCAACUACCAGCUCCUUAUCUGAUACGAGCCCUGUGCCAACUACCAGCUUCUUACCUGAAACCAGCACUAUGCAAACUACCAGCUUCUUAUCUGAAACCAGCACUAUGUCAACUACCAGCACCGGCUCAGAAACCAGCACUAUGCCAACUACCAGCUCACUGUCAGAAACCAGCACUGUGCCAACUACCAGCUCCUUAUCUGAAACCAGCACUAUGCCAACUACCAGCUCCUUAUCUGAUACCAGCACUGUGCCAACUACCAGCACCUUACCUGAAACCAGCACUAUGCCAUCUACCAGUUCCUUAUCUGAAACCAGCACUGUGCCAACUACCAGCUCCUUAUCUGAAACCAGCACUGUGCCAACUACCAGCUCCUUAUCUGAAACCAGCACUAUGCCAACUACCAGCUCCUUAUCUGAAACCAGCACUAUGCUAACUACCAGCUCCAUAUCAGAAACCAGCACUGUGCCAACUACAAUCUCACCAUCUGAAACCAGCACUGUGCCAUCUGCCAGCUCCGUCGUCAGAAACCAGCACUAUGCCAACUACCAGCUCACUGUCAGAAACCAGCACUGUGCCAACUACCAGCUCCUUAUCAGAUACCAGCACUGUGCCAACUACCAGCACCUUACCUGAAACCAGCACUAUGCAAACUACCAGCUCCUUAUCUGAAACAAGCACUGUGCCUAAUACCAGCUCACUGUCCCAAACCAGCACUAUGCCAACUACCAGCUCCUUAUCUGAUACCAGCACUGUGCCAACUACCAGCUCCUUAUCUGAAACCAGCACUAUGCCAACUACCAGCUCCUUAUCUGAACCCAGCACUAGGCCAACUACCAGCUCCUUAUCUGAAACCAGCACUGUGCCAACUUCCAGCUCCUUUUCUGAAACCAGCACUAUGCCAAACACCAGCUCCUUAUCUGAAACCAGCACUAUGCUAACUACCAGCUCCUUAUCUGAAACCGUCUCUUUGCCAACUACAAGCUCCAUAUCAGAAACCAGCACUGUGCCAACUACCAGCUCCUUAUCUGAAACCAGCACUGUGCCAACUACCAGCUCCUUAUCAGAUACCAGCACUGUGCCAACUACCAGCACCUUACCUGAAACCAGCACUAUGCAAACUACCAGCUCCUUAUCUGAAACAAGCACUGUGCCUAAUACCAGCUCACUGUCCCAAACCAGCACUGUGCCAACUACCAGCUCCUCAUCUAAAGCCAUCACUGUGCCAACUACCACCUCCUUAUCUAAAACCAGCACUGUGCCAACUAACAGCUCCUUAUCUGAAACCAGCACUGUGCCAUCUACCAGCUCCUUAUCUGAACCCAGCACUGUGCCAUCUACCAGCUCCUUAUCUGAAACCAGCACUGUGCCAACUACCAGCUCCUCAUCUAAAACCAGCACUGUGCCAACUACAAACUCCUUAUCUGAAACCAGCACUGUGCCAACUUCCAGCUCCUCAUCUAAACCCAGCACUGUGCCAACUACUAGCUCCUUAUAUGAAACCAGCACUAUGCCAACUACCAGCUCCUUAUCUGAACCCAGCACUAGGCCAACUACCAGCUCCUUAUCUGAAACCAGCACUGUGCCAACUUCCAGCUCCUUUUCUGAAACCAGCACUAUGCCAAACACCAGCUCCUUAUCUGAAACCAGCACUAUGCUAACUACCAGCUCCUUAUCUGUAACCAUCUCUUUGCCAACUACAAGCUCCAUAUCAGAAACCAGCACUGUGCCAACUACAAUCUCACCAUCUGAAACCAGCACUGUGCCAUCUACCAGCUCCAUGUCAGAAACCAGCACUAUGCCAACUACCAGCUCACUGUCAGAAACCAGCACUGUGCCAACUACCAGCUCCUUAUCUGAAACCAGCAUUGUGGCAACUACCAGCUCCAUAUCAGAAACCAGAACUAUGCCAACUAACAGCUCACUGUCAGAAACCAGCACUGUGCCAACUACCAGCUCCUUAUCUGAAACCAGCACUGUGCCAACUACCAGCUCCUUUUCAGAUACCAGCACUGUGCCAACUACCAGCACCUUACCUGAAACCAGCACUAUGCAAACUACCAGCUCCUUAUCUGAAACAAGCACUGUGCAUAAUACCAGCUCACUGUCCCAAACCAGCACUGUGCCAACUACCAGCUCCUCAUCUAAAGCCAUCACUGUGCCAACUACCAGCUCCUCAUCUAAAACCAUCACUGUGCCAACUACCAGCUCCUUAUCUAAAACCAGCACUGUGCCAACUACCAGCUCCUUAUCUGAAACCAGCACUGUGCCAUCUACCAGCUCCUUAUCUGAAUCCAGCAUUGUGCCAUCUACCAGCUCCUUAUCUGAACCCAGCACUAGGCCAACUACCAACUCCUUAUCUGAAGUCAGCACUGUGCCAACUACCAGCUCCUCAUCUAAAACCAGCACUGUGCCAACUACCAACUCCUUAUCUGAAACCAGCACUGUGCCAACUACUAGCUCCUUAUCAGAGUCCAACACUGUGCCAUCUACCAGCUCCUCAUCUGAAACCAGCACCAUGCCAACCAUGACCUCUUUAUCUGAACCCAACUCUAUGCCAAUUGUGAGUAUGAUAUUAAUAGUACAUAUGGUCCUGUUUUUGCUUUUAGCCAUCAUUUCUUCUCUUACUUUUUCACCAUUUUCUCAUCCUAAGCAUUCACCAACAUCUUCAGCUGAAAUAAGUACAACAUUAUCCUCUACUUUAUCAGCCAGCACGUCUUCCCCCAGAACGCGCCCUUUACAACUGAAAAUACUGAACUUAAAUUACACAGAGGGCCUUCAAAAUCCUUCUUCAGUAGAAUACAGAGUGCUGGUAUCUAGGAUUGAAACACUGGUGAGUAACAGACUUGGAUACAGUAUCAGUUGGUUUGAAUUUCAGUUAGAUAUACAGGGCCGAAAUUAUAAUCCAAAAUGGUAUCAAUCGAUAAUGUCUGACUUUCAAUCAGUAUUGUAGAACCGUCAUCGAAGUGAUCACAAUCUGUAUUUUACAAACCUCUGUUGUAGCACUGUCAAAGUCCCUAAGACCGUACCGGACUCGUUAUUUAGCUUCUAAUAUGAUAAUGCCACACUCCAAGACCUCAAUUGAAUGAGGAUUUAUUUAUUUUUUAAUAAUGUUAUUGUUUGAAGAACUAUUUGCAAAAUAUGAAUUAUUAUUUUUUUAUUACAAUUGAUUCAAUCUAUACAAUCUAUAAAAUCUCUGUUUUUUUAAAUAUAUGUUUUCCUUUUUAUUUACCAGAUUCAAGAUUUCGUUAAUAUACAUUAUCUGGUGGAACGAGUUACAGUCAUUGAAUUGAGGUAUGUGUUGUUCUGGUGCUAUAUAUCUGGGGUUUAAUUAAUAGUAUAAUAACAUUAAAUAAUGACCAUACAACGAGGCAAUGUCUGGGGUUUUCAAUAAGCCAUCUUGAUUAAUGUACAGCAACCUUCAAAGGAGCACCAUAUUGUGUAUUUUAACUUGUCUUCUAAUAAUUCAUUUGUUUGUAUUUUAUUCUGUAUUAGUCCUGUAACUCCUUAACUGUUUAAAAUGUAUUACAAUAAAAGAGCUACUUAACUUUCUUUAAGUGCAGUCAGCAAUCCCUCUGCCCCUUUUAGUCAUAUUAUCAUUUGAUUCAGAAACAUUGUGGCCCUUAUGCAUAUGUACGUCUCUUUUCGCCAUUCGCCAAUGAAAUUAUUCUUCUAGAGAAUCAUUGAACGCUGAGAAGCUGAAAGUGAAACUGUACAUGCAUGCAGUAUUUGGUGAGCUAAUUGACCGCUCACCACUCAAAUAUUGCUUUACUUCUAUGUUGUUCAUGCCGAAAUUAGGGUAUUUUCGGGGUGUGAGCUGGGAAGUAUGGUUCUCAGCUUUUUGACACAGAGGGCUUGUUGGGUAACUGGAACUCACCCUAUGUUGUACUGAUACAACAGAACCACAAAACUCAUGUUUAGGGCACUGCAACAACCUCACAGAUAUGAAGUUGGUAUAGUAGCUACAGUGUUCCUUUAAUAGAUCUGUAUCGAGAGAAGGAAUCUUGUGAUGUUUCAGGACCAGGUCCAAAAAUUUCUAAUAACCCAAUUUUUGUGUAGCCAGUAUUUAGGGAUAUCAGUAAAACCAGCACUGUGCCAACUACCAACACACGAUCUGAAACCAGCACUGUGCCAACUACCAGCUCCUUAUCUAGAGUUAAAAUAUCAAGUCUAGAAGGGGCGUGGCCUGGAAGCCAGAGGACAUGGUCGCAUGAGCGCUGAGCUCCGACCGGGAAAUAUAGGGGGAAAACGGCACAAUAAACCUCCAAUGGCAUCUAAGAAGCAGUGCAAUGCAACGGGGAAUGCCCCCACAGCACAUACACCGGCAGCUAAAACCUCCUUGAGACGAUAUUUCGGCGAACAAACGGACACGCAAAGAUGGGACAAAAUGGCGUCCGCGGCACAAACACGAAGCAGCCAGCCAUCAAGUCCGACGGCAUCUGAUGGCUCCACAGAGGAACAUGAUAUCCGGACAAUGCUGACACAAUUGCCCUCAAAAACUGACCUGGCAGCAAUGUUUCAGAAACUGGAGGACAGCUUCAGUGAGAAACUCAAGGCAGUGAAUGCAGACGUGCAGCAGCUCGGAGCCAGAGUGCAGGCCCUAGAGGAAGAGGCAGAGAAUACUUAUAAACAAUGGGCUGAUUCUUACAUAACUCAGGAGACACAUGCAGAUGCAAUAAGGUACCUACAAAGGAGACCGGAGGAUGUAGAUAACAGGGGGCGCCGAAAUAACUUACGGGUGAGGGGCAUCCCGGAAAGUGCGGAGGUUGUCACAGAAAACCCCAUACAGGUCCUAACCACCCUUUUCAACCGCCAGACCCAAUGAUAUAGCCAUCACAUUCGACAGAGCCCACAGGGCCACCAGGCCCAGAAACCUACCUCCCGAUAGGCCACGAGACCUUAUCUGCCGUAUACACAACUUCCCCUUGAAGGAGUAAAUUUUCCGCAAAGCCCGCCAAAACAAAGAUUUAACAGUAGAUGGCUAUUUGGUGACUGUAUUUCAGGACCUGUCACUAUCCACAUUGCAAGCAAGGCGAGCCUUAUGGCCCAUUACACAGGCCCUGCUUGAGAGACAAAUUAAGUUCAGAUGGAACUUCCCGUUUGCACUGACAGUCAACCUCCAGAACAAGACCCACACUAUCUCCUCACCAGAGGAUGUAUCCGAAUUCCAGAGGGCACUGAAGCACCCACCAUCCGAAGUGGAGGACUGGAUGGGACUGGCGGGCAACCCGACAAGGCAGACCCCACAAAAGCCUAAAUGGCAAAGAUCCCCGAGGAAAAGGCGUAGGCAAAACCAUCCGGGAACAGACAUGAGGGCUUCAACCAGGGAAGAACCAGCCUGAGAACUGUUACGGUCGUAUAACUGCACACUUAUGUCUCCUUUGUUCUAUUUUUUCUAUAUUUCGAUAUUAUGCCGUACACAUCCACCUCAGAAUGCCAUGCUAACGGACUUAAGUACUCUGCACACCAUGUUGCCAAUAUUGAACUGUUAUGCUAUAUUAUGUUCUAUAUAGAAACUUAAAGUGUUGCCGUUACCCGGCUCUAUGGCCAUACAAUAUGAGAAUAAUAACGAUAUUCAAAUCUGAUGGCUUUAAGCGGCCUAGCUCACAAGCCCCUCCGAUUAGGUGGGUAAGAGGAAGUUAUACGAUACCCAUGACUGCCCCGAUGGGACCCCUGUGACCCCCCCGGUCGGGCGUCCCGGCCACCAUCCCCAGAGAGGCGCCUCGAACCUACUUGUGGACACGAAGAGUUACCCACAAGUGCAGCGCCAAUCUCGCCACCCGAGAUUGGCCCGUCUCAUACCAAAAUCGUGUAAAUAGUUUAUGGUUUUCCCCAGUUCUCCUCCUCUGCACUGGCCCUGCCACUACCACCUUACUAAGCACAGUAUCCACUGGUAAAGUCCUUGACUUAUCAGAUAAGCUUCUGCCGCCGGAACCACUAUCAUGACCCAAACUAAACUAAUGUCCCUGAAUGUGCGGGGACUAAACUCCCCUAUGAAACGCACAAUGUUAGCACAAGAAAUAGACAGACAGGGAGCCGAAAUAAUUUUCUUAUAGGAGACACACUUUAGGGGAGAGUUUAAACCAAGAAUUCGCUCCAAACGAAACAAUAUAGCAUACUAUAGUAAAAAUACGCAAAAGAAAACCAGAGGUGUAGCGAUACUGCUAGCCUCCAAUACUGCUUUCACAGAAAAGGGGGGGUAAAAUUGAUCCUAAGGGCAGAUUUGUGUUUGUUAAAGGGGUAUAUAAUGGUACUCUUAUAACGUUAGCGAGUAUAUAAGCUCCCAAUGCAGACCAAGCCCCCUAUAUACGGUCAUGUUUGACCAAACUGGACGCAUUUGCGGAGGGUGUGGUAUUAGUGGGCGGAGAUUGGAAUAUGGUCCUAGACCAUUCAAUUGAUAGCUCCUCUAAAUCCGCUGAGCCUAAACAAUACCAAAGAACGAUAUUUUCCAAUGUCUUACAUACCCACCAGCUCGUGGACUGCUGGCGUAUAUUGCAUCCCCAAGACAGGGACUACUCAUAUUACUCUCAGACAGCCAAAAGCUACUCCAGAUUACAUAUGUUCCUAAUUAGCCAUAGACACCUCCCCCUAUUACACGGAGCAUCCAUAGGUAACAUCACGUGGUCGGACCAUGCCCCAAUAUCCCUGACGGUCACCCUCCAGAAAGAGCCCAAGCCCACUACACACUGGCAACUUAACGAAACCCUCCUGGAUGACCCCAGAGUACUUGACAACCUGCGACAGACUGUAGAUAACUAUUUUAUAGACAACUGGAACACUGAGGUAUCAGACCCUUGGCUUUGGGAAGCCCAUAUAGGAGUUAUCAGAGGUAACCUCAUUAAAUGGGGUUCUAGAAUCAAAAAAGAACGAACUCACAAAAUGGAUUCUCUCAUAGCAGACAUUCACUCAGCUGAGGCCACACACAAACAAGAUCCCACAAAUGAAAACUUUUAAAAACUAACAGCCCUACGAAUAGAAUUAAGAUCACUGCUAACCGCAAAGGUAUAUAGAUCAGUUCAACUGACAAGAGGCACUUUUAAUGCCCAUGGCAACAAAAGUGGAAAACUAUUGGCCAGGGCCCUGAAAGCCAAACAGCAGAGAUCAUUCAUAGAUAAAAUAACAGAUGAUACAGGUAGACAACAUAACACUACAGAAGAUAUAGCCAAGGCGUUCAACGCUUUCUACACAAACCUAUAUAACCUAACCCCCCCAAAUGUACAGACCCACAACCUGAGGGAAUAUAUUUCGACAAACCUCCCACGCAAGAUCCCAGACGACCAAACACACACACUGGACGAACCGUUUACACAUACGGAACUGCUCUCCACAAUUAAGGCACUGCCGAAAGGUAAAAGCCCUGGCCCAGAUGGACUGACCGCGAGAUACUACCAAACACUCACACAAGAACUGUCCCCUCACUUUCUGAAAACAUUAAAUGGCCUAACCCAUGAAACUCCUCUCCCACCUCCAAUGCUACGGGCAUCUAUCACUAUCAUCCCUAAGCCAGGCAAAGACCCCACAAAGUGUGGUAGCUAUAGACCCACUAAUAAAUCUAAAACUAAUGGCGAAAAUGAUUGCCAAUAGGCUCAAACCUCUUUUACCAAACCUAAUCCACCCUGAUCAGGCGGGCUUUGUACCUGGCCGUGGGGCUAGAGAUAAUAGCACGAAAAUUCUAAACGUCAUUCAUGGAGCAACGGUGACUAAAACACCAACUCUACUGAUGGCUAUUGACGCUGAAAAAGCCUUCGACAGGGUGGACUGGUCCUACUUAUUUACGGUUCUAGAGGUCUUGGGUACAGGCCCAAGAUUGAGGAACUGGAUACAAACUGUGACAGUACCCCCAGGCAUAAAAGGGUUAAACCGCCGUUCAGUAGAUCUUCCCCUUCCAGAGAUGCAGGCACAGCUAUUGUAAAACACCAAACUCACGAACCACCAAUAAGUGAAUGUUCCAAACUCCCAAACGGCAUCCAAUAUAGCACUCCAAACACACAAACUGGAACCAUACGAAUAGCUGCUAGCAGACGAAUAGGAAAAGCAUCCAAGCGGCUUACACUCCUAUCAAUCAAUCUCUAUCAGCAUUCAGUAAAUCCCCCCAAAGACGAGACAAGGCUCCGUGUUGAGGGUCAAGCAGUGGUCUGUUUAAUGAGGGCUACCUGCCCAGUAUUUAUGCUGGUCUCCCACCUGGUGGACACUCCCCUAGGAGACCAAAUGGGAGACUGUGACAAAGGACAGACAUGAACCAAUGGUAAACAGACAUGAACCACAGAGGUAAAACCCCCCCCACAAUGCAUCCUAACUUCCCUCCCUCUGUCCUGGAGAUAAUUGGGAAGUAAUCCAAUUAUCUCCCAGCACAGAUGCAAAACUCCAUUAACCACAUGGCAGUAAAAGACAGUAAAAGACAUAAAAAUUUAUAAAGUUACAACUGUUGCACAAAACAUAUAUAUUCUACCUAUCCCCAGAUAGCUUAAAUCUGAGCGCACAAAAGUACCGAAUAGCGCUCAGAUCCUAUGCACACAGUCCAAUCGCCGUGGAGUUAAAGUGUUCACAAAGUCUGUUCUCCAUCCGAAUAGACUCCACGGGAUGGCUAUCUGGGGUAAUGCAGUUCAUACGGUUUAUACUACCGAAUGAACAGGCAUCCGGUCAAAUAAGCCUUUUCUGCAGGGAAACAAAGUCUUUUAACAUGGGGCCAUAGUCCAAAGGCAGCAGGCGAGCAACCUGGCUUCUCCAAUGCAAUGUGGCGAGAUUGGUCUCGUCACACAAACUCUCUAUAGGGGACCCUCGGCCAGCAUCAGAGUAAACGGCCACUUAUCGGCACCGUUUCCAAUAAGCAGCAACGGCACUCGCCAAGGCUGUCCCCUCUCACCCCUGUUAUUUGUAUUGGCCAUGGAGCCUUUCCUGAACGCAAUCAGGUCUCACACUAAAAUACAGGGAUAUUGACAUCAUGGAGGAGAGGUGAAGGUAUCCGCAUUUGCGGACGAUGUCCUAUUCACGCUCACAGACCCAACUAAAACACCGAGAUUCACACCUUUGGAUCCCUCUCGAACUUUAGGAUUAAUGCAGACAAACGCAAAAUAUUAGGGAUUUCGGUACCCCCGACCCUGCAAACACUAAUUCAACAAAGACAUACUUUCCCCUGGACUCGGACAGGACUGACAUAUUUGAGGAUAUGACUCACCACGUCACCCAAAAGCUUAUACAAACUAAACUACCCACCCCAUAGACAAUAUUAAAUGAGACCUCCAAAAGUGGGAUCUACCUAAUUUCUCCCUAAUAGGACGGAUCAGCAUUCUGAAAAUGAGGAUUCUACCGAAAAUACUAUACCUCUUCCAGGCCCUACCUAUCCCUCUCCCAGGGACAUUCUUCAGACAGAUGUGGACAAUUUUCACCAAAUACAUCUGGGACAACAAACCAGCAAGGAUAGUGCUCACCACACUAACCUCCACCACAGGCAGGGGGGACUAGGGCUGCCCCAUCUAUACAAAUACUAUGUGGCAGUAUUGCUCACUCGAUUAAAGGAAUGGACAGAUACCAAAAGGAAUAAAUCGUGGUAUACACUAGAACAGAGCUUUACAUCAGUCCCCCUACACACUCUGCCAUGGCAAACAUGCCAACUCCCAAAGCUCACUUCGACACGGCACCCACUCAUACACAACGUCCUCACAAUAUGGAGAAUCUUAUAUAUCUAUAAAGACCUAUUGGGACUGUCACCGGGACUUUCGAGAUUCUUCCCUAUAGCAGACAAUCCUGACCUUCAGGGGGAGUGCGGAGGACCACUCCUUACCCGCCUCAUGGGAUCAUCCACCCUAGACAUAACCGAAAUGAUCGUGGGAGACCCACCCACAGGCAUGACACGCUCAUUGAGGUGAUAGGUAGAACACAACUUAAGGCCUUUUUAAAAAGAACUGUCAUUCCUCUCUGGAAACAGAGAGCAGACACACCCUUUGAACACCUUUGUGGCCCAGAGGGCGACCCUAGACGCCCCUUGUCUAAAAUUUACCGCAUCCUCCAGGGAUCCGUUGAGGAAAAUAAACCACUGUCAUUCCAACAGAACUGGAUGAAAGACCUCCGAAUACAUAUAUCUGACAAAGACUGGUCAGGGAUCAUGGAAACGGGAAUCAAAACCCUGACCAAUGUAGCACACAGGGAGACCUUCUAUAAAAGAGUCACCAUUAUUAAAGGAGUUGGGGUUGAUAUGUUAUGUUAAAAUGUGACAAUGACCUUAAAAUAUUUUAAGUAUUAUGUAUACAUAUUUAAAGCUGGAAUAAUUUUCCCAAAUAAUGGUGUCCGAGUAUUUGUGGGGGAGGGGAGAGAGGGAGGUUUGUUACGCAUUUGCAAAAAAGGCGACUAUGCAUAUGUCAUGACGGGGUUGGUCGAACAAAUCCUAAACCAUUACGACAAUAAAAACACAUUGUAUUAAUAUAAAACGCAUUGUAAUAAUAUAAAACACAUUGUAUUAAUAUAAUACACAUUGUAUUAAUAUAAAACGCAUUGUAUUAAUAUAAUACAUAUUGUAUUAAUAUAAAACACAUUGUAUUAAUAUAAUACACAUUGUAAUAAUAUAAAACGCAUUGUAUUAAUAUAAAACUCAUUGUUUUAAUAUAAUACACAUUGUAUUCAUGUUUUGUUUACCUCCCAGGAACGGCUCUGUGAUAGUCACCUUGUUAAUUGACUUUGCCAAUGGCACACAAGUCCCUACGUCCGAAGAGCUGGUCACGGCACUUGUUGAGGCUUUAAAGAGUAAUAGCUCUAUGCUAGCACAGUUUCUGUUUGAUAUAUCUAGCAUUGAAUCUAAUGGUAAGUAAACAAAUUCCGUUAGAAAACAUAGCUGGAAAACAGAUACUUUGCACAGGCUGGAUUUGUUACAUGUUUAUUUAGUUCUUUAUAAUGUAUGAAAGGAAGUUUGGUCUGUGACGUGGUUUUCAGUGAUUAUGACUGAAUGGUACAUUUUUGCAAACCUAUAACACAUAUGAAAUAAGUUACAAACCUUUAGCUGAAAUAUAUUACUGAUCAUUGCAAUAUAUUAUAUCCGGUCCAGCGUUAGUAAUCUCUAUUCUAAUCUCAUAGGGUUUAGAAUAUACCAAACUACAUCCAAACCAGCAACCACCUCACCAUCUAAAUCCGAUAUUAUUCCAACUACCAGCUCCCCGUCUGAAACCACCACUAAGCCAAUUACUAACUCCUCAUCUGCCACAAGCACUGUGCCAACUAUCAUCUCUACUAUGGCAGCUUCUGCCUCAAUAAAUAAUACCAGCACUGUGUCAACUACCAGCUACUUAUCUGAAACAAGCACUGUGCCUAAUACGAGCUCACUGUCACAAACCAGCACUGUGCCAUCUAACAGCUCCUUAUCUGAAACCAGCACUAUGCCAACUACCAGCUCACUGUCAGAAACCAGCACUGUGUCAACUACCAGCUCACUGUCAGAAACCAGCACUAUGCCAACUACCAGCUCACUGUCAGAAACCAACACUGUGCCAAUUAGCAGCUCACUGUCAGAAACCAGCACUAUGCCAACUACCAGCUUACUGUCAGAAACCAUAAUUGUGCCAACUGCCAGAUCCUUAUCUGAAACCAGCACUGUGCCUAAUACCAGCUCACUGUCACAAACCAGCACUGUGCCAUCUAACAGCUCGUUAUCUGAAACCAGCACUAGGCCAACUACCAGCUCCUUAUCUGAAACCAGCACUAUGCCAACUACCAGCUCACUGUCAGAAACCAGCACUGUGCCAACUACCAGCUCACUGUCAGAAACCAGCACUAUGCCAACUAGCAGCUCUCUGUCAGAAACCAACACUGUGCCAAUUACCAGCUCACUGUCAGAAACCAUUAUUGUGCCAACUAUCAGCUCCUUAUCUGAAACCAGCCCUAUGCCAACUACUAGCUCCAUAUCAGAAGCCAUCACUAUGCCAACUACCCGCUCCUUAUCUGAAACCAGCACUGUGCCACCUACCAGCUCCUUAUCUGAAACAAGCAAAGUUCUAACUACCAGCUCCUUAUCUGAAACCAGCACUGUGCCAACUACCAGCUUCUCAUCUAAAGGCAGCAUUGUGCCAACUACCAGCUCCUCAUAUAAAACCAGCACUGUGCCAACUACCAGCUCCUUAUCUGAAAGCAGCACUGUGCCAUCUACCAGUUCCUCGUCUAAAACCAGCACUGUGCCAUCUACCAGCUCCUCGUCUAAAACCAGCACUGUGCCAACUACCAGCUCCUUAUCUGAAACCAGCACUAGGCCAACUACCAGCUCCUUAUCUGAAACCAGCACUAGGCCAAUGACCAGCUCCUUAUCUGAAACCAGCACUGUGCCAUCUACCAUCUCCUCAUCUGAAACCAGCACUAGGCCAACUACCAGCUUCUUAUCUGAAACCAGCACUGUCCCAACUACCAGAUCCUUAUCUGAAACCAGCACAAGGCAAACUACAAGCUCCUUAUCUGAAACCGGCACUGUACCAACUACCAGCUCCUUAUCUGAAACCAGCACUGUCCCAACUACCAGCUCCUUAUCUGAAACCAGCACUAUGCCAACUACCAGCUCCUUAUCUGAAACCAGCACUAGGCCAGCUACCAGCUACUUAUCUGAAACAAGCACUGUGCCUAAUACCAGAUCCUCAUCUAAAGCCAGCACUGUGCCAACUACCAACUCCCCUUCUAAAACCAGCACUGUGCCAACUACCAGCUCCUUAUCUGAAACCAGCACUGUGCCAACGUCCAGCUCCUCAUCGAAACCCAGCACUGUGCCAACUACUAGCUCCUUAUCUGAAACCAGCACAAGGUCAACUACAAGCUCCUUAUCUGAAACCGGCACUGUGCCAACUACCAUCUCCUCAUCUGAAACCAGCACUAGGCCAACUACCAGCUCCUUAUCUGAAACCAGCACUGUGCCAAGAACCAGCUUCUUAUCUGAAACCAGCACUGUCCCAACUACCAUCUCCUUAUCUGAAACCAGCACUAUGCCAACUACCAGCUCCUUAUCUGAAACCAGCACUGUGCCAUCUACCAGCUCCUUAUCUGAAACAAGCAAAGUUCUAACUACCAGCUCCUUAUCUGAAACCAGCACUGUGCCAACUACCAGCUUCUCAUCUCAAGGCAGCACUGUGCCAACUACCAGCUCCUCAUCUAAAACCAGCACUGUGCCAACUACCAGCUCCUUAUCUGAAACCAGCACUAGGCCAACUACCAGCUCCUUAUCUGAAACCAGCACUGUGCCAUCUACCAUCUCCUCAUCUGAAACCAGCACUAGGCCAACUACCAGCUUCUUAUCUGAAACCAGCACUGUCCCAACUACCAGCUCCUUAUCUGAAACCAGCACAAGGCAAACUACAAGCUCCUUAUCUGAAACCGGCACUGUGCCAACUACCAGCUCCUUAUCUGAAACCAGCACUGUCCCAACUACCAGCUCCUUAUCUGAAACCAGCACUGUGCCAACUACCAGCUCCUUAUCUGAAACCAGCACUAGGCCAACUACCAGCUACUUAUCUGAAACAAGCACUGUGCCUAAUACCAGAUCCUCAUCUAAAGCCAGCACUGUGCCAACUACCAACUCCCCUUCUAAAGCCAGCACUGUGCCAACUACCAGCUCCUUAUCUGAAACCAGCACUGUGCCAAUGUCCAGCUCCUCAUCGAAACCCAGCACUGUGCCAACUACUAGCUCCUUAUCUGAAACCAGCACAAGGUCAACUACAAGCUCCUUAUCUGAAACCAGCACUGUGCCAACUACCAGCUCCUUAUCUGAAACCAGCACUGUGCCAACUACCAGCUUCUUAUCUGAAACCAGCAACGUGCCAACUACCAGCUCCGUAUCAGAAACCAGCACUGUGCUAACCAUCAGCUCCUUAUCUGAAACCAGCACUGUGCCAUCUACCAGCUCCUUAUCUGAAACCAGCAACAUGCCAACUACCAGCUCACUGUCAGAAACCAGCACUGUGCCUAAUACAAGCUCACUGUCACAAACCAGCACUGUGCCAACUACCAGCUUCUCAUCUAAAGGCAGCACUGUGCCAACUACCAGCUCCUUAUCUGAAACCAGCACUAGGCCAACUACCAGCUCCUUAUCUGAAACCAGCACUAGGCCAACGACCAGCUCCUUAUCUGAAACCAGCACUAGGCCAACGACCAGCUCCUUAUCUGAAACCAGCACUGUGCCAUCUACCAGCUCCUUAUCUGAAACCAGCACUAGGCCAACGACCAGCUCCUUAUCUGAAACCAGCACUGGGCCAUCUACCAUCUCCUCAUCUGAAACCAGCACUGUGCCAUCUACCAUCUCCUCAUCUGAAACCAACACUAGGCCAACUACCAGCUUCUCAUCUGAAACCAGCACUGUGCCAACUACCAGCUCCUUAUCUGAAACCAGCACAAGGCCAACUACAAGCUCCUUAUCUGAAACCGGCACUGUGCCAACUACCAGCUCCUUAUCUGAAACCAGCACUGUCCCAACUACCAGCUCCUUAUCUGAAACCAGCACUAGGCCAACUACCAGCUACUUAUCUGAAACAAGCACUGUGCCUAAUACCAGCUCACUGUCCCAAACCAGCACUGUGCCAACUACCAGCUUCUUAUCUGAAACCAGCACUGUCCCAACUACCAGCUCCUUAUCUGAAACCAGCACAAGGCCAACUACAAGCUCCUUAUCUGAAACCAGCACUGUGCCAACUACCAGCUCCUUAUCUGAAACCAGCACUAUGCCAACUACCAGCUCCUUAUCUGAAACCAGCACUGUGCCAUCUACCAGCUCCAUCUGAAACCAGCAAAGUAACUACCAGCUCCUUAUCUGAAACCAGCACUGUGCCAACUACCAGCUCUCAUCUCAUGUGCCAACUACCAGCUCCUCAUCUAAAACCAGCACUGUGCCAACUACCAGCUCCUUAUCUGAAACCAGCACUAGGCCAACUUCCAGCUCCUCAUCUAAACCCAGCACUGUGCCAACUACUAGCUCCUUAUAUGAAACUAGCACUAUGCCAACUACCAGCUCCUUAUCUGAACCCAGCACUGUGCCAACUACCAGCUCCUCAUCUAAAACCAGCACUGUGCCAACUACCAGCUCCUUAUCUGAAACCAGCACUCUGCCAUCUACCAGCUCCUUAUCUGAACCCAGCACUGUGCCAACUACCAGCUCCUUAUUUGAAACCAGCACUGUGCCAUCUACCAGCUCCUUAUCUGAAACCAGCACUGUGCCAACUACCAGCUCCCCUUCUAAAAACAGCACUGUGCCAACUACCAGCUCCUUAUCUGAAACCAGCACUGUGCCAACUUCCAGCUCCUCAUCUAAACCCAGCACUGUGCCAACUACUAGCUCCUUAUCUGAAACCAGCACAAGGCCAACUACAAGCUCCUUAUCUGAAACCAGCACUGUGCCAACUACCAGCUCCUUAUCUGAAACCAGCACUGUCCCAACUACCAGCUCCUUAUCUGAAACCAGCACAAGGCCAACUACCAGCUCCUUAUCUGAAACCAGCACUGUCCCAACUACCAGCUCCUUAUCUGAAACCAGCACUAGGCCAACUACCAGCUCCUUAUCUGAAACCAGCACUAGGCCAACUACCAGCUCCUUAUCGGAAACAAGCACUGUGCCGAAUACCAGCUCACUGUCCCAAACCAGCACUGUGCCAACUACCAGCUCCUCAUCUAAAGCCAGCACUGUGACAACUACCAGCUCCUCAUCUAAAACCAGCACUGUGCCAACUACCAGCUCCUUAUCUGAAACCAGCACUGUGCCAUCUACCAGCUCCUUAUCUGAACCCAGCACUGUGCCAACUACCAGCUCCUUAUCUGAACCCAGCACUGUGCCAACUACCAGCUCCUUAUCUGAAACCAGCACUGUGCCAACUACCAGCUCUUUAUCUGAACCCAACUCUAUGCCAAUUGUGAGUAUGAUAUUAAUAGUACAUAUGGUUCUGUUUUUGCUUUCAGCCAUCAUUUCUUCUCUUACUUUUUCACCAUUUUCUCAUCCUAAGCAAUCACCAACAUCUUCACCUGAAAUAAGUACAACAUUAUCCUCUACUUUAUCAGCCAGCACGUCUUCCCCCAGAACGCACCCUUUACAACUGAAAAUACUGAACUUAAAUUACACAGAGGGCCUUCAAAAUCCUUCUUCAGUAGAAUACAGAGUGCUGGUAUCUAGGAUUGAAACACUGGUGAGUAACAGACUUGGAUACAGUAUCAGUUGUUUCAAAUUUCAGUUUGAUAUACAGGGCCGAAAUUAUAAUCCAAAAUGCCUUCAAUCGAUAAUGUCUGACUUUCAAUCAGUAUUGUGGAACAGUCAUCAAAGUGAUCACAAUCUGUAUUUUACAAACCUCUGUAGUAGCACUGUCAAAGUCCGUAAAACCGCGCCGGACUCGUUAUUUAGCUUUUAAUAUUAUAAUGCCACGCUCCAAGACCACAAUGUAAUGAGAUAAAUAAAUGAGAGAUGUGAAUUCCAUUACAUGUCGCACAUUAUAGACAUCCAGGUGCAUUGGUUCAAGGCAUGCCUACUAAUCCAGGAUUUAGGGAUUACCCAGUUGUUUAUAAGGUGUUUUUAUUAGAAAAUAAAAAUUACCUUGACAGAACUGUGUAAUCCCUGAACCCUGGACUGGUUGGCAUGCCUUGAGGACUGUUUUGGAUACCACCACAUUAAAGGGUUGCUCCAACGUUUUUUAAAUACAUGUAAUUUUUACUUUCCAGUUAAACCUCCACACACACAUACACAGACCCUGGAAAACCCUGUAGUCUAAGAAUAAACUUUCUGGAAUCUAGCCCCGGAACUGGCCAAAUUGAUGUUAGUACCACUAAUCGUGGUCCCAGUGAAGGAAAACAAUUGUGACCUUAAUUAUCUACCAGCUAUUGGCAAUGAAAACAGCUUGUGGCAGAUGUUUAUAGACAAUGUUGGACACAAGCGCUUCUCUUUAAUCGUUCGAGUUACGUGUCACAGACCCACCUGCUGCAGGACUGUGAGGGACCUUGAGUCCAUGAGGACCUUCUUUAACCAAUCUUUGAGUGGUAAAAAUACUGUGAAAAAUGCUCCAACAGUGGUAUCGUGAUUCAGCAUCCAGUAACAGGUCGAUAAUUUUUGGAUAAGAGAUUGUGGUUUCUCUAAUAAUGCAGCAUGGUAAUGGAGGCCAAUUAGAUCAUUUUAGGGACAAUAAAAAUGCUUUUAUCUUACGUUGUCCCUUCACAAUAUAUUCAAACCAUUAAUAGAAUGUACCGAAGACAUUGCGUGAACUUGUGUUUUUACCUAAUUUCACAGAUCCAGGAUUUCUUUAAUAGAAUGUACUCAGUGGAAAGGGUCACGGUCACGGAACUGAAGUAAGUCAUGGGUUUUUGGUUGGGUUGAUUCUGGAAGAAAUUACCAAUAUUGUAUAAUGAUUAAUAUGCGUAGCAACGUUAAAAACACACUCGUUCCGUAUAUUCAUCAGCAGAGCGUGUCAGCAGAGCAAACCGCACAAAUCACAAUGCCUUUUGUUAUUCAAUAAAUAGUGGUGUGGUUUUACAAACUCAAAAAAUCCUUUCAUUGCAUGAAUACAAUACCUAGUGAUAUAAAGUCUGACUGGGCAAGUGCCGCUAGUGAAAUUAAUCCUUUUAGUGCCAAAUAACAUUAUGCUCUGUUCUCCCCUAUGACCCGGAAAGUGAAAUUAACAUAAAUUCUGUAAUAAGAGAGCCUUGGGGAUUAUAAUAAGAGUCUCUGCUUUCUCCAGGCCAUGAGCUGCAGGUUAGGAAGUAAUACUUACAUAGUGCCCUAGAAGCUCCCGCCUACUGGUCCACAAGAUGUUAUUAUCCUAAAACCCUCUUCUGACCAUCCCUAAGACAGGUGAUGGAAUGCUGUGUAGCUGACCAAGCCUCCGAUGAGUGUGAGUAAAGGAACAGAAAUCGGGCUCAGGAGGUAUGCCUGUAUGACGCAGUGCCUCUACCUACAGGGGUCAACCUAGAAUAAUAGGUUGUGAUAUCCUACAAGAUUUUAAUACAGAAAAUGUAAUAACUGCACAUGUAAAUCUUCAGAUAUCAUGGUGCAUUAUGAUAACCUAUACCUAUUUCCUAGUUAACCCUUAAUGAGCUCAUGAAAUAAUGACAGCUAAUGUUAUAACAAUCUUGGAGGUAGCACUACCCAGUGUAGUGCCCUGUAUUUUAGAGAUUUUAGCUGAGUAGAUGAUAUCCCCUUUGCCGCUUGAGAAGGAAGCUAGAGAGGGUUGCUUGAGUACGAUGCUCAGAAACAUAGAAUUACACGGUUUAACCCCUUAAGGACACAUGACAUGUGUGACAUGUCAUGAUUCCCUUUUAUUCCAGACGUUUGCUCCUUAAAGGGUUAAACUCUCUCUCUCUCUCUCUCUCUCCAGGGCUAAUGAACAUGUCUCACUCUGCAGACAGUCACUCUUUGAUAGAGUGUCAAAGCACUCUGUUACUUCCUUGUGUAAUCCUGAGUCACUUGUUACUAAAUCCUGUAGCAAUAAGCUCACACUUUGUUCUCUCUGUAAUGCAGACGUGUGUUCAGUCAGUGUGUUUGUGCAAACUGCUCAGACAGAAAGAAACUGAUGGAAUCUUGUUGAUUCUUUCAUAUUCACGCACUCUGCAGCCAUUAAAUGAUUGGUCUAGUUUUCCUCUUGCUGAACACUGGGUGCGCUCAGAUGCCAUACAUUCUAAUGCGGGCCUUGGGCACGUCGCCUGUGACACUCACAUUUACUUCCAUGACGGCCACCUCUGACAGCCAAUCGAUGCUGACCACUGCACAUUGGAGCCUUUUAUGGCUCCAUCUUCUCCACCCCUGAUUCAUAUUGUGACCAUGUGUGCGACGUUGCUCUGAAUUUAUUCACGCACGUUCUGACAUGACCACUAUUGGUCAAUCAGAGCCUUUCUCAGACUAUUUAAACUCAAAUGAGCAAUUUCUCAGUACCUUGCUAUGGUUCCCUUAUUGGUUAUCCAAGUUUGCAAUAUUUAUAUUUAUUCUAUGGUAUUUGACCAUGGCUUCCAUAUUCCUUGAUCUUUGGCUUGUUUUACCGUUUACGUACUCUGUCUCCCUGACCUUGGCUCGCUAUUCAAUUUAUUAAAGUCAAACUGUUUUAGGAUUUCUGGUUAUACUUUAUUUAGUUCUGUGUGUUGGGUAUUAGUUAAUCCUAACUAUGGAGUAAUAUGGCGGACACAUACCAUGUAGCAAUGUAUGAACUGUCUCUGUAUUCAGUCUGAAUAACUUCUUUCUGGAAACAGACACAUUCUUCUCCCGUCUCCAGGUCUGAGCCAACUUGUUCUGUUUAGUACCAUUUUCUCCUUCCCCUUCCAAGAUCACAUUAUCUCCCCUAACCUGGAAUAACAUAUAAGGCCAUGAUAAGGUCCCAGAAGAUGGCCAGACCAUCAAAUUUUACAGGGACCUAAAAGGACCUGAGAAACUGGGCCUCUUCUGAGCACUAUUUAAUUAUUAACCUCCACCGUGCUGCACAUGGGUGGGAGCAGGGCCGUCUUUAACGCGGGGCAAAUGGGGCAGCUGCCCCGGGCCCAGUUGCUCCUGAGGGGCCCAGAGCAGCUGCCUCGUGGGCCCCGCGAUUCGAGCAGCCCCCAUGGACCUGGCGGGGCGGCUGCACAGAGCCACACCAGCCGCACACUAAGGAGGCCCCUGGGUGACCCAUGCACUAAGGGCCACCCGGUGGUCAUGUGUCAGCAGGGGCCCGGUCGGUCGCUGUGACACUUAAACAGCGCGACCGGGCCCCUACCUGUUCGGCAGCCGGCUGGGAGGAAGUGAGUGCCGCGCGUCACUUCCUCCUACCGGAGAUCACAACCGCACGGGAGGAGAAAGGCAGGGAGGAGGGGAGUUCCAGAGGAGAACUCCCAUCUGCCUCAGCCUGCCACUGGACCAGGGAAACCACCCUCCAGAAAAAGGUAAGAACCUGGAGGGUGGCUAAAUGUAUGUCAGUAGGUCUGUGUGUGUGUGUCUGUGUGUGUGUGUGUGUAUCAGUAUGUCUGUGUGUCACUAAGUCUGUGUGUGUGUCUAUGUCUGUCUGUGUGUGUGUGUAUGUCAGUAUGUCUGUGUGUCACUAAGUCUGUGUGUGUGUCUAUGUCUGUCUGUGUGUGUGUGUCAAUAGGUCUGUCAGUGUAUGCGUCUGUGUGUGUCAGUAUAUUUGUCAGUUUAUGUGUCUGUGUAUUCAUGAAUGUGUGUCUGUGUGUGUGUCAGUAUGUCUGAAUGUGUGUCAAUAUGUCUGCAGGUAUAUAUUUGUGUGUCGGUGUAUGUGUAUGUCAGUAUGUAUCUGAGAAUGUUUUAAUAUGUCUGUCUGUGUGCGUAUGUGUCAGUAUGUCUGUCAGUGUGAUUGCGGGUUGGGUGUAAUUAGGGGGAUGGGGGGGAAGAGCAGGGCCCAGGGGGCCCAAGAAAAUGCGUUGCCCAGGGUCCUAAUCAUAUUAUAGACGGCCCUGGGUGGGAGACCGCUCUCUUGUAUUUUUGAGGGGGGGGGCAUAGAGGUCUCACAGACCAUAACAUUCCUUUAUUCACUUUUUUUCACGAUUUGUAACUGCACAAGGUCAUGGUGUGUCACUGUUUGCAGCUAUAAUCUAAGGUUUGCACACUUUAUUUCUCUAAAAUUGCGCUCUCUGAACGCGUACGCUAGUGGAAAGAGAUCCCCCGACCGAGCUCUGUUACAAAGUCAGUCUGCCACUUGUGAUAGGAAAUAUAACAUAACAAGUGAUUUUAGAAGCGAUGCAGAUAAUUACAUCAAUUACAGAGUUAUUCACUAAAGUGAGAAGUGAAUUCAAAUGUAGGUCCCAAAUAGUCAUACUGGAAUCGUAGCUGAUUGGAAGAAUGUUUCUAGAUGAGCUAUUUUAUACUUAAAGGAACCUAUAGGGCCAGAAACUCAAACAUGUAUUUCUGACCCUAUAGUGUAAAAACACCCUCUAGCCCCCAUCCACUUUACCCCUUCUCUAUAUAGUAAAAUCUUACCUUUAUUCCAGUCCGCUGGUGCUGGUCCCGCCCCUGAUCCACCUCAUUAGCUGAGAUCAUCAGAAGUGAUAAUCUCAGCCAAUCAUAAGGUUUUCCCCUAGGUAUUGCCAAUUUUGAGAUUGUCAAUUUUGAUUAUCUCAGCCAAGGAGGCAGACCAUGGGCAGAGCCAAAUGAUGGUCUGGCCAAUCAGCAUCUCAUCCUAGAGCUCAAAUUAAAUUACAUUUUAAAUUGACUUUAAAUUCAGCUUGAAGUUUCACUUUAGUGAAUAAUCCUGUUAUUAGUGAAUUAAUAUGUUUGUAACACCUUGUCUCCUCUCUCAGGGAGGGCUCUGUGAUUGUCACCUUGUUGUUAACCUUUGCUAAUGGCACCAAAGUCCCUACGUCUGAAGAGAUUGUCAUGGCGAUUUAUGAAGCUGUGAAAAAUACUAACUCGAUGCUAGCAGAGUUUCUCCUGGAUGUGUACAGCAUUGAAUCUAACGGUACGUAGAUCACCUCAUACUAUAACCGAGAAAACAAACAGAGACGUAAAAUAGAAAUGUUUUAUUGCAUUUCGAUCUAUCGUCUGUAAAGGGAAGCCGGUUCUUGUAGGUAUUUGAUGUAUUCAGAUAAUAAUUAUAACUAGGUUCUGCAUUUCUACAAUUAAUAAGAUAAGAGAUAUUAUGUAACACAUUUAAAAAAAAAAAUGAUUGAAAUAUCAUGGAAUUGUAUGAUACCUAAAUCAGCAUUAAUUAUCUCUGAUUUUAUUUUCCCAGGUAUAAAAAUAUACCCAGUUACAAUCAAACCCACUAUUAGCUCCCCACUUUAUACCAGCACUGUGCCAACUACCAGCUCCUUAUCUAAAACAAGCACUGUGCCAUCUACCAGCUCCUUAUCUGAAACCAGCACUGUGCCAACUACCAGCUCCUUAUCUAACACAAGCACUGUGCCAUCUACCAGCUCCUUAUCUGAAACCAGCACUGUGCCAACUACCAGCUCCUUAUCUGAAACAAGCACUGUGCCAACUACCAGCUCACCAUCUGAAACAAGCACUGUGCCAACUACCAGCUUACUGUCUGAAACCAGCACUAUGCCAUCUACCAGCUCCUUAUCUGAAACCAGCACUAUGCCAACUACCAGCUCCUUAUCUGAAACCAGCACUGUGCCAACUACCAGCUCCUUAUCUGAAACCAGCACUAUGCCAACUACCAGCUCCUUAUCUGAAAUGAGCACUGUGCCAACUACCAGCUCCUUAUCUAAAACAAGCACUGUGCCAUCUACCAGCUCUUUAUCUGAAACCAGCACUGUGCCAACUACCAGCUCCUUAUCUGAAACAAGCACUGUGCCAACUAUCAGCUCACCAUCUGAAACAAGCACUGUGCCAACUACCAGCUUACCGUCUGAAACCAGCACUAUGGCAUCUACCAGCUCCUUAUCUGAAACCAGCACUAUGCCAUCUACCAGCUCCUUAUCUGAAACCAGCACUGUGCCUACUACUAGCUCCUUAUCUAAAACAAGCACUGUGCCAUCUACCAGCUCGUUAUCUAAAACAAGCACUGUGCCAUCUACCAGCUCCUUAUCUGAAACCAGCACUGUGCCAACUACCAGCUCAUCAUCUGAAACCAGCACUGUGCCAACUACCAACACCUUAUCUGAAACAAGCACUGUGCCAACUACCAGCUCCUUAUCUGAAACAAGCACUGUGCCAACUACCAGCUCACCAUCUGAAACAAGCACUGUGCCAACUACCAGCUUACCGCCUGAAACCAGCACUAUGCCAUCUACCAGCUCCUUAUCUGAAACCAGCACUAUGCCAACUACCAGCUCAUUAUCUGAAACCAGCACUGUGCCAACUACCAGCUCCUCAUCUGAAACCAGCACUGUGCCAACUACCAGCUCUUUAUCUGAAACCAGCACUGUGCCAACUACAAGCUCCUUAUCAGAAACUAGCACUAUGCCAACUACCAGCUCCUUAUCUGAAACCAGCACAAGGCCAACUACAAGCUCCUUAUCUGAAACAAGCACUUUGCCAACUACCAGCUCCUUAUCUGAAAUGAGCACUGUGUCAAUUACCAGCACCUUAUCUGAAACCAGCACUAUGCCAACUACCAGCUCCUUAUCUGAAACCAGCACUGUGCCAACUACCAGCUCUUUAUCUAAAACCAGCACUGUGCCAACUACCAGCUCCUUAUCUAAAACCAGCACUAUGCUAACUACCAGCUCCUUAUCUGAAACCAGCACUGUGCCAACUGCCAGCUCCCUAUCUGAAAACAGCACUGUGCCAACACUCAACUCCUUAUUUGAAACCAGCACUAUGCUAAGUACAAGCUCCUUAUCUGAAACCAGUACCGUGCCUACUACCAGCCCCUUAUCUAAAACCAGCACUGUGCCAACUACCAACUUACCGUCUGAAACCAGCACUGUGCCAACUACCAGCUCACUGUCUGAAACCAGCACUGUGCCAACUAUCAGCUCUUUAUUUGAAACCAGAACCAUACCAGCUAUCAGCUCCCUAUCUGAAACCAGCACUAUACCAACUACCAGCUCACCAUUGGAAACCAGCACCAUGCCAAAUACACCUGGAGCAAGCUCUGUAUCCACUGUGAGUUCUACACCUCAAACCAACCCAGUGUCCACUGUGAUUUCUACACAUGAAAUCAGCUCCAAAUCCCCUGUGGGUUCUACACCUGGAACCUCUGUAUUGACUGUGGGUUUUACAUCUGCAGCCAGCUCUAUAUCCACUGUAGGUUUUACACCUGGAACCAGCUCUAUAUCCACUUUAGGUUCUACACCUGGAACCAGCUCUAAAUCAACUGUAGGAUCUCCAUUAGAAACUAGUUAUAUGUCCAAUAUGGGUUCUCUUCCUGAAACCAGCUCUAUAUCCACUGUAGGUUCUACACCUGGAACCUCAAUAUUCACAAAGGAUUUUACAUCUGCAACCAGCUCUGUAUCCACUGCGGGUUCUACACCUAGAACCAGCUCUAUACCCACUGCGGGUUCCACACCUGGAACCAGUUCUAUAUACACUGUGGUUUCUCCAUCUGAAACUAGUUCUAUAUCCAGUAUAGGUUCUCUUCCUGGAACCAGUUCUGUAUCCACUUUGGGUUCUACACCUGGAACCUCGGUGUCUACUGUGGAUUCCACAUCUGGAACCAGCUCUAAAUCCACAGUCAAUUCUUCAUCUGAAACUAGCUCUAUGUCCACUAUAGGUUCUCUUCCUAGAACCAGCUCUGUAUCAACUGUGGUUUCUACACCCAGAACUAGUUCUAUAUCCACUGUGAGUUCUACACUUCAAACAAGUUCAGUGUCCAUUGUGGGUUCUACUCCUGGAACCAGCUCUGUAUCAACUUUGGGUACAACAUCCGGAAACAUCUCUAUAUCCAUUUUGAGUUCUACAUCUGGAACAAUCUCUUCUUCAUCUGCAGGAUUCCAGCCUGUAGUUAUAACAAGCCUCCCAACAGCCAAUAGACCUUCUUCCACCCCAACAUCAGGAACAAUCCAACCUACAAGCACAGCGGCCACCAUUACAUCUGCAGAUACAACUUCCACCACUAAAAAAGACUCUCAAAACAUUUUUACUUCCUUUGUAACAGCAAGUACAUUAGACUCAUCCGCCAUCACUCUGCUCCCAACAAGGCUUUUAUUCAUCAGAAUUACAAACAGGACUUACACAAGUGAUCUCAGUAUCACCUCCUCUAGUACAUAUCGUUUGCUCAAAGCAGAGCUAGAGGACACGGUGAGUAAUAAGUGUCCUUUUGGUGGGAGCCACUGGUAUAAAGUGAGGAAACAUUAUAGUUUAUUAAUGUGGCAUUUAUCCAGGCAGUGUUAUUGUUGUCACAGUAACCGUGGAUUCUGGACACAGAGAGUCAAUGUAUAUAGAUAAAUUCUCAGGAUUAAUUUUCUCACCUUAAGGAAAAAGACAAAUGUUCGAUGAUGAUCGAUGUUUAGAUGUGAAAGAGUUCACUAUUCAUUAUAUUCCAGUAAGCAGAUAAACCCAGAAGGAAUGCCCGAGUAAAGGAAAUGGGUGUGAUGUAAUGUACAUACAGAAAUUAGGUGGUUUUUUUUUUGUCUUAAUAGUAAUCUCUACACAGCUGAAAACCUGAUAUUAAGAUACAGGCUAAAGUAACUGAUGGAAAACAAUUCUCCAACUCAGCUAUUUCAGCCUACAUUUGCAAUUCUCCACAGUUCACUAUUUAAUGAAUAAAAGCUAUAGACUGAAAUAUCCAAGUUGGAUCAGUGUUCAUUUUGGCGGAAAAUUUUAAUUUAGUUUUAGUCAUAGUCUGACUGAAAAGCCAAUUUAGUUUUAGUUGUAUUUUAGUCAUCUGAAUUGUUUUAGUUUUAGUCGACUAAAUCUCCAGUAGAUUUUAGUUGACUAAAUCUCUUGCGGAUUUUAGUCAUCACGACUAUAAUCUAAUGGGUUUAAAUAAACCUCUAUCUGUCUCUUUUCCCCCUCCAUAGCCCCUCAGUGCAGUGUUAAUUUAGUUUUAGUCAUAGUCUGACUGAAAAGCCAAUUUAGUUUUAGUUGUAUUUUAGUCAUCUGAAUUGUUUUAGUUUUAGUCGACUAAAUCUCCAGUAGAUUUUAGUUGACUAAAUCUCUUGCGGAUUUUAGUCAUCACGACUAUAAUCUAAUGGGUUUAAAUAAACCUCUAUCUGUCUCUUUUCCCCCUCCAUAGCCCCUCAGUGCAGUGUUAAUUUAGUUUUAGUCAUAGUCUUUAGACUUAAAUGCCAUAUUAGUUUUAGUCAUAUUUUAGUCAUCUAAAGUGUUUUAGUUUUAGUCUAGGUUAAGUUGACUAAAUCUCAAAGAUUUUAGUCAACUAAACUUUAACUAAAAUUGUUAGUCGACAAAAUUAACACAGAGUUGGCUGAAUAUAACUGACCUGCGAACUUAGAAAAUGACAGUCGGUGCUCCGUUCCUGACUGUCCCGUGUGUAGUUUCCCCAUGACAAAACAAAAGAUUGGGCACAGAAAUCAGGAAUGCAGCAUGACACCUGUCUUCCCAAACAAAAAAACAUAAUGUGUGAAUAUGUCUAAUAUUAUUUAUUAUUUUAUUGAUAAAAUAUUUUACCAGGAAAGAUACAUUAAGAUUUCUCUCGUUUUCAAGUAUGUCCUGGGUCCACAAAUCAUUGCAUUGUUACAGCAGGGUACAAUAAAAUACAAAACCAAUAUUAAUACACAAUAAAUAUAAUGCGUGUUCGUAAUAAUGAGUGAAUGUGGCUAAUGAUGUGUGUUCAUAAUAAUGUGUGUGUCUAAUGAUGUGUGAGUGUGUCUAAUGAUGUGUGAAUGUGUCUAAUGAUGAUCAAGCAUGUGCUGCCCUGAUUGGAGACGUUUUCUGGUGUCCCCACUCACCAAAUGCAGGGCACCGGGGGACAAAAACAAAUUCCAGAUGGUCCUGUGGGUUCUGGCACAGUUGGGAGGUUUGGGAAUCUCAACCUAUUGUCCUGGGAAAACAAUUUCUCUAUGAAUGAAUAAAAUAAAUAGUUACACAUUUACCUGAAGUGAAACGGAAAUUAAUUGAAAGGCAAAAUCAUUAAAACAAGCAAUAACACAAGCAUGACAUGUUCCGAUUUUACUCUGAACCUAUAGAAAGUGCGGGGAUCUUCUUUCCCCAUCGUGCCACCACCAUCUCAUUGUAGACUAAUGUGUGAUCUUUUCCAACAGACUUUUCAAUUCAUAAACCAGAGUUUUAAUCUGAAACAAGUGGAGGUGCUAGAAUUCGGGUGAGUUAUUGUUAAGACCAUGUCAUCUGGUAAACUGUGCAGCCAUGUCUGGGUUUCAGUACAAUCCCGCAUUGUAACUGAUGUGAUAACAUGUACAGGAUUUGUUAAAGAAAUCACCAUCCAGAAUUCAAGAACUGUUUCUUUGACAGUAAUGCCGCAAACUUCGGAAACUUGAGAAUCUUCCUAAAUUCACAAUUUAAAUAACAUUAAAUUGGGUAAAAAUUGAUUGUUGGAUUUUCAGUUAUAUCACAGGCUGAAAGUUGGGUAGAGUUUCAUGAGAGGAGGUGUUUGGACAACAAUGCAGACAUUACCUAACCUGUCUGUCAUGUCCACAGGAAUGGAUCAGUCACAGUGGAGCUUCGUUUAACCUUUGCUGAUAGUGACAGUGUCCCCGCAGACCCAACAUUAAUCAGGUCUCUCUUUGACCAAGUGCGAGCUGGGAAUACAACAUUUGGGAAUCUGCAGAUCGACUUCCUUAGCAUUCGAUUUAAUGGUGAGUACAGAGAAAAUCAAAGGCCACAAGCAAUCACCAUGAAUUCAUAUAGCCUCCAAACAGGGAUCAGCAUGAUGAGGAAAUAGCAUCCUGUAGCAUCCUUUUUUUCACGCACAGCGUAGCGUAAGGUGGAAUUAUACAGCACUCUAUACAACAAGAUAUUUUAUGGAGUUAUUUUUAUAACAUGUUUAUGUGUCUCUUGGUCUGAACUAUUUUAGAGAUUUGCUUACAUAAUAAAACACAAAAUAAUGAAUUCUUUAGGCCAUAACUCGUUUUACAUCAGAUUUGUGUAGGUUCUCCGGGCUGUAGGAUGGGCAGAUGUACUAUUUUACUAUUUUUGUUUCUGAAUCUAUUAGGGAAGAUUAGGGAAAACCAGCUGAGAUGAAUGUAUCACUCAUUUGCAGGGUCUUCUGAAAAAUAUUUUGCAUUUACUUUCCAUUUUCACUCAAGAUGUUAAAGGGUUUAUCUAUCCCUAGGUAUCUUGCAGCCAUUGGAGCAAUCACCAUGGAUACCAACAUGAUGCUUCUCUGAUUGCUCAGUGUUUUGCACAUUGUUCCAGCCUUGCUGUUUAUACAUAUAUCAAUGACUGUUUGUCAGUUUAUUUUAUCACAUUUUAUGAUAAUAUUGCAUUGGUUAUUUUGACAUGAUUUGUUUAAAACUAGUUAAUAUUAAAGCAGUAAAGGCUGCUGGUAACACCAAGCUGUGCUAA